CGGGUCCGCGUUUUCUUUCCCUCCAACACCAUCCCACCUAACUACAUCCGCCUUCCGCGCAUCUCUCUCUGGUAGUGCGGCUCAUCAUGCUGCGCUCCUCUAUUGUGCAGAGCCGACAGUUGCUGUCAACCCCCGCUCGCCAACGGACAGCGUCGCAAUGGCUGUCUAGAGCCGGGGCAAGCAGCCGGCUCUCAGGCCAGAGAUUCUUCGCCGAUUCCAAGACACCCGCACCUGGUGCUCCUACUCCCGUUUCCCCUUCGACCGAAUCAAGCGUGCCUCCCGAGACUCCAUCCCCCGGUGAGCAAGGCUCCGAAACACCUCCGCCCCCUCCACCCGCCCCGGCUCGCAGGACAGGACGCUUCCGUCGCUUCCUGCUGUACCUGAUCCUGACUUCUGGAUUUGCCUACGGUGGUGGUAUCUUCCUUGCUUUGAAGUCGGACAACUUCCACGAUUUCUUCACCGAGUACGUCCCUUACGGCGAGGAAUCUGUUCUUUACUUCGAGGAGCGUGACUUCUACCGCCGUUUCCCAAAUGCCUCCAGAAACCCGAACCGCCUUACCUCUGUACCAAAGGACGAAGGCAAGAAGAUUACGAUCCCCAGCAAGAGCGGUCUUUCGUGGAAGGUUGCUGAGGAGGAGCCCUCUGGAGCUGAUGUGUCGCAGAAGGGUCCUCACAUGAGUGCAACUGAAAAGGCCGGGGAAGGGCAAAUGAAGACCGAUAGUGCUCAGCCUGAGGCAAAGAACGCUGCCGUUGAGAAGGCCAAGGAAACUAAGCAGGCCAAGGAACAGCCCAAGGAACAGCCCAAGAAGUCUGCUCCUCUACCCACCAUCGAACUUGCCCAGGUUGAGAAGGGAGAUGAAGCUGUCGUGCAGGAGCUGGUCAAGACCUUCAACGACAUUGUGACUGUUAUCAGUGCCGAUGAGAAUGGCGGCAAGUACUCUGGACCCGUUGCCAAGGCCAAGGAAGAGCUCGAGAAGAUCGGUGAGAAGAUUGUGGCCAUCCGCAACGAGGCACGUGCUGCUGCUCAGAACGAGAUUCAGGAGGCUCACGCUACCUUCGAUGAGUCUGCGCGGGAGCUUAUCCGUCGUUUCGAUGAUGCUCGCGCCACAGACGCUGCUCAGUUCCGCGAGGAGUUCGAGGCGGAGCGUGAGAAGCUGGUCCGUGCUUACCAGGAAAAGAUCAACCACGAAUUGAAGAUUGCUCAAGAAGUCGCCGAGCAGCGCCUGCAAAAUGAACUGGUUGAGCAGGCCAUCGAGCUUAACCGGAAGUACUUGCACGACGUCAAGGACUUGGUUGAGAGAGAGCGCGACGGACGUCUCAGCAAGCUCAAUGAGCUGACCGAGAACGUCAGCGAUCUUGAGAAGCUCACCACCGGCUGGAGAGAUGUCAUUGACACCAACCUCAGGACCCAGCAGCUCCAGGUCGCCGUCGACGCCGUCCGAUCUGUUCUUGAGCGCUCUGAGGUUGGUCGACCGUUUGUCCGCGAGCUCGUUGCCGUGAAGGAGCUGGCUGCCGACGACCAGGUUGUUGAGGCUGCGAUUGCCUCUAUCAACCCCACCGCUUACCAGCGUGGUAUUCCCUCUAACCCCCAGAUCAUUGAGCGCUUCCGCCGCGUGGCCGACGAGGUCCGCAAGGCUAGCCUUCUGCCUGAGGAUGCUGGUAUUGCCAGCCACGCUGCCAGCUUUGUCCUGAGCAAGGUCAUGCUGAAGAAGGACGGUGCCGACGGCGGUGAUGAUGUUGAGAGUGUUCUCACCCGGACUGAGAACCUCUUGAAGCAGGGUAACCUUGAUUCCGCUGCUCGGGAGAUGAACUCUCUCCAGGGCUGGGCUAAGAUUCUGAGCAAGGACUGGCUCGGUGAUGUGCGCAGGGUUCUCGAGGUAAAACAGGCUCUCGAGGUGAUUGAGACAGAGGCUCGACUCCAGUGCCUGAGAGUUGAAUAG